CAGAGGGGCUGGGGGUGCGCAGGGAUGGAGGGCAUCCGGGCUGUGUGUGUGUGAGAUAGGCGAAGAUGACGUGUGAAACUUGAUCUCCCCGCGGGCUGCCGCGGGACUCAGCCUGGCGAUAAAAGGCUGCGGGGCGGCCCGAGGCGGCUCAGAGAGCAGCGGGAAGCGAUGCCGGCCCCGCAGCGCUGCGCCCUGGGGUAGCUGCGUUGUGCCGGGGCUCCGGGGGGCGGCUGCGUGCGCCCCGUGCCCGCGCCAUGCGCGCGCUCAGCUUCGUGGCGUUGGCAGCGCUGUGCACAGCCGCAUCCCAGCGUAGGGCGCUGGACGUGGGCAACCGCCGGCGUUGGCACCGCGUGCAACACGGGCAUUGCAGCUACACCUUCGUGCUGCCCGAGGCCGAGCCGUCGCCGUGCCCGCUCGCCGUCCCCGGUCCCGUCAACGCGCUGCAGCGGGAUUCGCCGUCCGGCAAUGGACAAGCUGCCCGCGGGGCUACCCAGCGCCUGCAGCACCUGGAGAGGAUCCUGGAGAACAGCACGCAGUGGUUGCUGAAGUUGGAGAGCUCCAUCCAGAACAGCAUGAAGCCGGAGAUGGCGCGGCUGCGGCAGACGGCGGUGCGGAACCACACGGCCACCAUGCUGGAGAUCGGCAGCUCCCUGCUGAACCGCAGCGCUGAGCAGAGCCGCAAGCUCACCGACGUGGAGGCACAGGGAUGCUGGUUUCAUGCAGUCAUGUUCCUGAGGACGCUGGGGACAAGGAGGCGUUCUGCUGUGUGUGCCCACCCUCCCAAUGUCCCCGUGCAGGUGCUGAACCAGACGUCACGCAUCGAGAUGCAGCUGCUGGAGAACUCCCUGUCCACCACCAAGCUGGAGAAGCAGCUGCUGGUGCAGACAAACGAGAUCCACCAGCUGCAGAGCAGGAACAACAUCCUGGAGGUGCGGGUGCUGGAUAUGGAGGCAAAGCACCAGGCGGAGCUGGCAGGGAUCCGCUCAGAGAAGGAGAGGCUGCAGCACCUGCUGAGCAGGCAGAGCGGCACCAUCGAGGAGCUGGAGAAGUCUCUGCUGGCAGCCAGUGCCAACGCCAGCCUGCUGCAGCGACAGCAGCUGCAGCUCCUGGAGUCGGUGCAGAGCCUGGUGCGCCUCGUGGCAGAGGGUAGAGCCCUGCUGCCUGGUGAGGAGCAGCGUUUCCAGGACUGCACCGAGGUGCUCCGGGCCGGCAGCCGUGCCAGCGGUGUGUACACCCUGCACAUCACCAACAUGAGCCAGCCCAGGAAGGUGUUCUGUGACAUGGAGACAGACGGCGGUGGCUGGACGGUCAUCCAGCUCCGCACCAACGGCAGCGUCAGCUUCCAGCGGGGCUGGAGGGAGUACAAGCAGGGCUUUGGGGAUGCGGCGGGCGAGCACUGGCUGGGCAAUGAAGCCGUGCACCUCCUGACGAACCGGGAGCCCUACGUGCUGCGUGUGGAACUGCGGGAUUGGGAGGGCAGCCAGGUCUAUGCCCACUAUGGCAGGUUUCAGCUGGACAGCGAGCGGCUGCUCUACAGGCUCUCCCUGCAGGACUACAGCGGCACAGCAGGGCAGCAGAGCGGCUUGGCCAUGCAGGGCACCAACUUCAGCACCCGCGAUGCUGACAACGACAACUGCCUCUGCAAGUGUGCCCAGAUGCUGUCAGGAGGGUGGUGGUUCGACGCCUGCGGGCUCUCCAACCUGAAUGGCAUCUACUACCCGGCACGGCACAACAUCCGCAAGCUGAACGGCAUCCGCUGGCACUACUUCCAGGGCCCCAGCUACUCGCUGAAGGGCACCCGCAUGCUGAUACGGCCCGCGGGCUUUUAGCCGGCCAGAGCGGCGCAGCAGCAGGACGGAGCCCCUGGAGAGCUUCCCCCCAUUACUUUUUUCUCACUCCUGUUUUCUCUCAGAUCUCGGAGCUGACUCUGAGCCAGCCUCACCCCUGCAAGCUGCAGCGCGUGGAUCCCAUUCCCUCCUGGUUUCUCCCUGUUUCCCCCAUGUCUGUGGGGCUCCGGGCUCCGUGCUGUGCCAGAGUGUGCAUCUGGGACCACCAGACCUCCUGCAUGAGUCAUACAGGGUCAGGCAGACCAUAUUUUGCCUUUUCUAUAUAUUUUAGGGCACUGCCCUAAACUCCCCAUUGCUUUGCUUUUCCUGCAGGAUGAGCAGAACCGGUGCGUGAGCGCACGGCAUCCCUCCUCCCUGCACGGUCAUUAAGGGGGACACAGCUGUCCCCUCCUGCAUGCACUCUACCCAUGCAAGGGGAUCACUGGCUGUGCACAUCCCGGUGGGACAGGGACAGUACAAAGGGACAAAGGUGCCACCAGAGGCAUGGGGUUGGGUGCCAGCACACAGGGGUGGUGAUGGGGGUAGCACAUGGUGACGGGGCUGUGGUUUGAGGUGGGACAUAGGGAGCUGAGGAUGAUGAGGGAGCUUGGAGCUGGGGACGAAGGUGCUGGUAGGGCUGACAGGCCAUUUGUUUUAUUGGCAUAGAGAAUCCAGACUUGGACCCAGGCACAUUUGGUGACAGCCUGGAGAAUGUGGGGCAAAGCUCAGUAGUGUUUCCUUCUGCUGAGAAAAGCCCCCAUGCCCACCCAUGUCUUGGAUCUUGGCAUGGGAACCCUUUUAUUUUUGUAUUGAGAGAUAUUUAUUGGCCAAGAGCUGCACCAGGCAGCACUCAGCCUUGCCCUGAGACCCCCAUGCACAGCUCCCACCUUUGCCAAGUGCUCUGGCAGUGGUGGAGAUAGGAGCUGUGGCUGUGGGCUCGCUACUGGGGGCAGCAGCAGCACUGCCUCAGCCCCACGGAUGCAGUGUGUACAAUCUCCACAUAAAGGACCUUCCAGCAGUCUCCCUGCUACGUCUGCAUCAUUCAGGGGGGUGCAGCCCCAUCCUGACCCGCUGAGCGCUGACUGAGCUCAGAGCAUAGAUGAGGGCUCGGUGACACCCGGCUCCACAGCACUUCCCAUCUUAUCAUGGGCCACCCCUGUCCCCCUCGACUCUAUUGCCACUAGAGGUCCUCCACAGCCUGGUGACGUUGCACAGCAUCCCCAUCCAAGGGGGACAGGAGCAUUGUGCCCUGGUGGAUCCCCAGCAGACUCUGGGGACCAGCAGUGGUAGCAGCUCUGCCACAGGCCAUGAGCCACACAUCCCCCCCAACUGCCCCUGCAGCACCAACCCCUCAGACACUCCACAGACCUGCUUCUUCCCCUCCCCCAUUCAUAAGGCAUUUGCUAAUUAACACUGAUUAAAACAUGCGAUGCAGCUGGCACUUCCUCCAAGGUGCUCAUCAGAUCGUGUUUGAUAAUUGAAAAAUGGGAAAUGCAUUAAAGGUGGGAUCACCUGCAAGGCACUGUGGAUACGGCCAUCCUGGUGCUGCUGUGAACCUCUGCAUGCCCCCCAGCCCUGCUCCCUCUCUGCACCCCAAAUCCCGUCUCCUUGCUUUCCCCAUGCAGCAUUUGAGGAGGGCUGGGAUGUGAUCCCCAGGCCCUUUUCAUGAGUGACUGGGGAAGAAAAUGACCUUUGAAGGGUCAUCACUGCAAUGAGCCACGUAGAAACGUGGAACAAGAGUUAUGGGAGUAAGCAGGACAAAGGCAGUGGAAACCUUCCCCUGGUCAUUCCUCCUCUCUAUAAAUAACUGCGGGCUCAGCUGUGGCUCCAUGCUGAAACCGGAGCUGGCAGGGAGGCAGCUGCCAAGGAAAGUGAUCGGGAGUGCAGGGACAGGGCUGCCCUCCUGUCCCCAGCAGGGAUACAGAGACAUUGGGGCAUCCCCUGGGGGGAGCAAGGUGCCUCAAAUGUCUGGGCUGGGGGUGCAAAUGUGCACCAUGUGAGCACACGGGACUUGGCUGGCUGUGCAUGUGGUGUGCAGCCACCACACAUCCCAGCCGUGCAGCCCUAUGCAGGACCCCAGAACCAAGUGCUGGGGGCUGAGCCCCAUGUCUGGCUCUCUGGGGAGUCACCAGCUUCCUGUGUGCUGGCACUGCAGGAUCUCUUGGGCGUGUGCUUCCUCCCUGACUCAUUAUCAGGUGCUGUCCUGCAUCCUCCCCACCACAUCCUGCACCAACCUUGGGUGGGGGCUCCCAGACCUGUCUGGCUCCUUUCUGGGAGCCCAAUGGGUCCCGCACAACAGGGCUGGGGUGUGAGCAGCAGCAGGUCUGUGCCCCACGGGGGGAGCGCUGGGUGCGGGUAUUGGUGGCCUGGGUGCCACCUUCCCCAGCAACCCAGAUGGGCACAGUUUGCAGCAGCAUCAUGGGAUGCUUUGCUUUUCCCCUUGCAAGGAGCAGAGGGGCUGCAGGAGCCCUCACCCACCUGGGGAUAGCGCAGCACACGGCGCUUUCAUCUUCAAAGCACUCCCUGCAUCAUCUUUCAUCCUCACACCUCCCCAGCGCCUGGGAGGUCUCUCCUAUCACCUCCCCAUCUUGCAGCCCUGGGGAUGCAGCCAAGUUGUGGGGUGCUUUGCUGGAGCAAGCGCAGAGCAGAGCCCGGCAGCGUGCUUGGCACAGUGCUGGGGAGGUGCAGAGGGGAAUCCCGCUGCUGGGCUCUGCCAGGACCUGCCAGGAAGAAACCUUCCUCCUGCUGCAUCUGCCAGGCCCUGUGCUGGCACAGCAUGGCACAGCAUGGCACAACACUCAUGCUCUGCAAACACCCACUGGGACGCAGUGCCCAUCGUGUUGUUGAGUUUGGCAGGGAAGAGGCUCUUGGGGGCCUGCCCCAGUUCAUUCCCCACCACAUCUGAAGAGGGCAACACGCACGGCAUCCAAAGCACUGAAAUUUAAUAAAACUGACUGCAUUACUGUCA